AUGGAUAAUACAGUUAUACCUCAAGUCACAGAGCUUGAGAACAUGGAGGACUUCGAGGAGAAGCUGGACAUGAAGGUGGACAGUAACGUAUCGGACAGCGGCGAGGAGACGCCGUCGACGACGUCACACAUGCCCGAGUCUCCUUCCUGUCAGAAAAACGCCAAGAAAUCAGGUGUUGGGGUGAGGCGAUCUGAGAAGCCACCCUACUCGUAUAUAGCUCUCAUUGUAAUGGCCAUACAAGCAGCGCCAACCAAGAGAUGUACACUCAGUGAAAUAUAUCAGUUUCUGCAGCAGAGGUUUCCAUUCUUCAGGGGAUCAUAUCAGGGGUGGAAGAACUCUGUCAGACACAAUUUGUCUCUCAAUGAGUGUUUCAUCAAACUGCCUAAAGGUAUUGGACGGCCAGGGAAGGGACACUACUGGACAAUUGACCCUGCCGCUGAAUUCAUGUUCGAGGAGGGAUCUUUCAGGAGGCGGCCUAGAGGAUUCAGGAGGAAAUGUCAAGCUUUGAAACCCUUUGGGAUGUUAAAUGGGAUGGGGGCCGCUCCCUCCAUGAUUCAAUCUCACUAUGACUUUUUACACUCGCAGAACACUGGCAUGUCACCUAUGAACAUGUCAUGCGCGGUCAGCACGUCUCAAGGGUACGUUGACAACAACAACAUGAUGAUGCCAAGCAACAGCAUGCAGCAACAUGUCAACGCAAGCUGCAGCUUCAACAACAGGUACGCUCAGAGCUGUGCCAUGGCAGGCGUCAACGGGGACUAUACCCACCUGACCAACCUUCAGAACACCGCCUCGCCCUCUAUACCCCCAUCCAUGUAUGACAGGGAUCACACCAUGCAGCAAACAGCACAGUGGCCUACCACCCAGCGAUACCUGAAGCAACAGCCUCUGUCACCUACAGGAAGCACGGGGUCCAUGCAGAGUAUGUCCCCGCCGUCAAGCAAUGACCCCAGUCCCUACGCUGCUAUCACAGCCGGGACUGAGCCCGUAGACCUAGCCCUUGCAGGAAUGAGACUGCCGUCCCAGUCCUUUCAACAGCCAUCAUCAUGUGACCGGAAGGCCUAUUUCCCAUACGGAACCGGAAGUAUGGCACCAAUGCAUCCGACGUCGUAUUAUGAAAAAUGCGCAAUGUGAGAAUCAUCUGACAGUAAUGGCGGGGACUUGCAAUAUGUACAUAGAUCUCGCAUAUUUAUUUGAAAUCUCAAGGAUUCACGACUAAGCCGUCCAUGCCAAAUGCUCCACACGACGCUUCCGUCCAACCAGGACACCGACAUCUACAACGACCGCGCACUCAGGUAUCAGUGCUAUGUACACUUCGUGUGCCAAGCCACAUUAUGACGUCAUCGACAUUGUUCUCCAUCUGAUGUCACAGUGUCGUGUAAAUACUGAUAUCUUCUCCAUCGUGGACAAUUUCAUAUCACUCGCAGUUGAAGAUAAACUGCUAAUCUUGAAUACACAAAUAUAUGCUAGUUAAGUAGGUCUUCAUGCGUCAACAUGGGGAAAAUGGACUAUGCGAUGAUUUUACAAAUACCUUUAUGUUUUCAUUGAUGAGCGUUAAUUUGGUGAUACUUACUAAUUUUAAGCCAAAGGUUCACAUGUGCCAAAUCGUGUAUUAACGUUGUUGCUCAGGUGUUGCCUUAGAUUCGUUUUUAACUCCGAGCACUAGAAGAGAAUUCCUCGACAUUACACCGGAUCAUAGAAAUGUAGAUAUGUGAAUACAACAUGUUUAUAGAUUACUUUAUCUGUAUUGUUCCUCGUCUGAUAAUGCUCCUUGACUUGUCAGCACCAUACCCGUGGUCGUUGGUUUCAGCAAAGCGCGUCACUUUUGACUUCCAUACAACAUCAAGCCGACUCGCCGUCAUAGGACUGUAAUAAUGAAAUUCAAUGCGGCAUAAAUCCCAACUCACUCACUCACUCAAGUGUUUCACUUUCAGUGAAAUGAAUCAAUGUUGUCAUUUUCAUCAUCAGAUGUCAUGUUUAUAAAUACAACGUUAUUGUUUGUCAUUAUUAUCUUGAAUUAUAUAAAUAUAUAUAUAUUUUCACAUGAUAUGUAAAUUUUGAAUUUUGUCACUGAAAUUAAAAAUAUUUUAUAAUU